CUUAACAGCGGUAAAUAAUUCAACUACUAUCAUCGAGAGUUGCUGCAUUCUCGCGAUUUCGAUCCCUUCGAUUACGCGUUUGCACUUUUUCGCGUGUUUUACUUCGAUCGCGCAAAUAUUUAACUGUAAUAUACCGGGAUCUAUAAAUGUUUGAGUUUCGUAUCGCUUGAGAAAAUUUACUUGGCAAUUUUUCGUGGGAAAAUCGUACUGUGUUUAUAUACCUAUUCUUUUGCUGCCCAUUAAAAUGAAAAUGACACGAUUACAUGCCGACGCUACAGAAAUUAAUUACUUAACAAAAAACGUACCAUACACAGUCAAUAUUCUAUAAACAUCGACAAUUCCUAUAAAUAAAUAACCAGCUAUAAACAACUGAACAAUAAUCCGAAUGUAUUCAAUGUCACUCGAGUCAUAAUAAAUUAUUUAUUUUCGAAAAAAUGGUCGAUUUAAAAAACGAGCCGAGUUCGGCUACCAAAAAAACGCGCGGAAUUUCCAUGACGAUGGUGAAAAAUUGGUUGAGUAUGUCGGAAAAGCGCAGCGUUCCGCAGGAGCCGCAACCCUUUCAAAAGAUGCCCGAAAGCUUUUUGAGAUCGCUCAGAAGGAGAUCGUUGAGGAUUAAACGGAGUAAAUCAUUUAUUUUGAAUGAAAAACGAAAAUCUGAUUCGUUCGUGAAUUCCCAAGAAUGGACUCUAUCGCGUACGGUGCCCGAUUUGCGAUUAGGCAUCGUGGGCUCUCUGUCUUCGGGCAAGUCGGCCCUGGUUCAUCGUUACCUUACAGGAUCGUACAUGCAAGAAGAAUCGCCGGAAGGUGGUCGCUUCAAGAAAGAAAUCGUCGUCGACAAUCAGAGUUACCUUUUAUUAAUUAGAGAUGAGGGUGGACCUCCAGAAUUACAGUUUACUGCCUGGGUGGAUGCCGUCAUAUUCGUGUUCAGUCUCGAAAACGAAUCGUCCUUUAACGCCAUUUUCAAUUACUACACAAAAAUGUCACAUUACAGAAAUACCGCAGAAAUUCCGUUAAUCCUAGUCGGCACGCAAGACGCAAUAAGUGAGAAUAAUCCUCGUGUGAUUGAUGAUUCCCGUGCAAGAAAAUUAGCGAAUGAUCUGAAGAGGUGUACAUAUUACGAAACUUGCGCUACUUACGGGCUUAAUGUAGAACGCGUUUUUCAAGAUGCAUGUCAAAAAAUAGUUCAACAAAGGCUGUCGGCAUCAACAUUGUGUUUAACGCCCACGAAUUCGAGGCCUUCUACGCCGAAUAACCAUUAUUACCCAGGCUCGAUGUCCGUUCAAAGGCAUUUGUUGCAAGGCAAUAAUGGGUACUCUCAACUGGGACAGUCCCAACCACAUAUGUCUCCUGGACAUAAUCAUACCCUCUGUCAUAAGGAACCUCCUAAUCCUCAAACUAUCGAUCUACGGCAAGUUCACACUUUAAAAUCCAAUACUUCUCAUUUUAUUCAUCGAGAAGGAGCUGACAAUAAAGAACUGGUCUAUAAAUCUUCCGAUGAAAAAUGGAACUCAUCAACAUCUACAAUUGGCAGCCAUGCUUCAUCUCAAGGUGUUGUGGUGCAUACGGAAAAUAACAAUGUAACGAAAUUCGCGGCUCCUCACUCUUUAGAUAAUCUUCAAAACGUUCAUAAUAGUAGUUCGAAAGAUAACAAAGAUUUACCGACGCCGAAUUCUACACCAACGACGUCCAGAAAGAAUCGUCGAAGAUCGAAUCUUUUUACGCCCAGUAAAAAAGGUGAUGAUAAAUUGAAGAACGGUGGCGAUUUUGGAAGUGGACGGGCUAUUCCUCUAAAGCAAGGCUACUUGUAUAAAAGGAGCAGCAAACCUUUAAACAAAGAAUGGAAAAAGAAGUACGUAACUUUGUGCGACGAUGGUCGGUUGACGUAUCAUCCCAGCCUUCACGACUACAUGGACGAUGUUCAUGGCAAAGAAAUUUCCUUACAGUACGUGACAGUAAAAGUUCCCGGUCAGAAACCCCGAGGAUCUAAAUCGAUUAUAACGGUAGCAGGAGGAGGUCAUCACAAUGUUAUUAACGAAGGAUUAGGAGGAUUAUCGCUUGCAGGCAAAGAAAAAAGGCCGACAGAGAGGGUAUUGCUUGGGGCGUUUGACAGUGUUAAAGAUUCGAAUUCGAGGUACGGACAACAGGCGAGCGGCGACGAAGGAAUGGCGUUAUCGAGCAGCAAUUCUUUCUUAAACGGAGAAAUUACCAAGACUGAAACUCCUCAUGUCAAGAAAAGACAUCGGAGAGUUAAGAGUAGCGGAGUUAAAAAUUCCGAGUAUGACGACACCGAUGCGAACGAAUUUUACAUCGUUUCUCUAGACAACAAACAAUGGCAUUUCGAUGCUUCCAAUUCCGAAGAAAGGGACGAUUGGGUGGCGGCCAUCGAACAACAGAUUCUGAAUUCGUUACAAUUAAAUGAAACGUCGAAAGCAAAGAGCAAUCCAGCCGAGGCGAGUACUAUUCAGUCGAUUAAGGCUAGAGUGGCUGGAAACGGGUUUUGUGUCGAUUGCGAUGCACAAAAUCCUGAUUGGGCAAGUCUGAAUCUCGGUAUUUUAAUGUGUAUCGAGUGUUCUGGUAUUCAUAGGAAUUUAGGAUCUCACAUUUCGAGAGUGCGAUCUAUGGAUUUGGAUGAGUGGCCUCCUGGUAAUUUAGCGGUAAUGCUAGCGAUAGGCAAUUCUUUGGCAAAUUCCGUAUGGGAAUGUCAAAUUCAAAAUAGAUCUAAACCGAAUCCUCAAAGUAGUCGCGAAGAAAGGGAAAGGUGGAUAAGAGCUAAAUAUGAACACAAAGAGUUCUUGCCGCCUCCCAACAACACUAUGCCUUUAGGUCAACAACUUAUAGAUUCUGUGUGUGCUUCGAAUAUUAAAGGAAUCAUUAGUGUGUUAGCGAGAGCAAACGCCCAAGAAGUGAAUACCACGGUAGGACCUAGAGAUUUAAGGACACCCUUGCAUUUGGCUUGUGCGAUGGGUAAUCUGGCCGUCGCUCAACUGUUAAUAUGGCAUAACGCCGACGUAAAAUGCGUAGACCAAGAUGGUCGCACUUGCUUGGCCUACGCCAAAGCGGCGGCGAGCAUCGCUUUAGCGAAAUCUCAGUCAGCGCCCGGGAUAGACCUGGAGGUUUCGGCGGCGGCUUGCAAAGCGUUGGUCGAUUUGUUGCUCUCUUAUGGUUGUCCAGAGGCGACCAGCGUCUCCAUAAGCGGCACCAUACCCAGGCGAAGAGGAAGUUAUCAAUCGGCUCCUGCGGGGCAAAUUGGCGGUUAUGAUAAGACGCCUUCUAGCGUACUUUAAGGAAUGGUAGAUAAAGUGGCUAUGCUUGCAAUAGUUCGAAAAAUAUUAAUUUGGUCUAGACAUAACGGAAUUAUAUUUCAUUCCAUUUAUUACAGAAAAAUAAGAAGGUUAACGAAAAAAAUGGGAACAGACAAAAUUUUCCUGUGUCUAAAAGGUAAAAUACUAGACUCCGACUUCCGCAAUUGAAUUUAUUUAUUUCAAUUUUUAUCGGUUGAAGAGUAAAAGUGUAAAAAAUGUAAAGCUAAAAAAGUUUGUGUCCUAGGCCGAACUGUGUAGUUCGUUUUUAAAAAGUUAGAGGGUUCCGACGAUACCAAAAAUUUGUUUGUCCACAUUUUGGCUUUCAAAAAGUGUUUUGUUUCGAGUUUUUUUGUUCAUUUGAUUGUUUUUUCAUAAUGGUACCUAUAACACCAUAAAUUUGAAAAUGAGUUGAAUCAAUUAUUCCAUUUUGUUUCCGUAUCUGAGAUUUUACCUCUUAGAGCCAUUCUCAAUUUUUUCAAUCUUAAAUAACUGGUCGAUUAUUAUCGAAGUAAUAGAGUUAAUUUUAGAUAGAAUAUUACCUAGUUCCAAUUUUUGGCAUAUAUUGCAUAAAAACAACAAAAAGUUUAUAAGGUUUUGAAAUCAUCGGACGUUUCAUAUGGAUAGACCAAAUUAAAAUUUUUGGACAACCAAUCAAUGUUUUAGUGAAAUAUUAUUUGGAAAAUUUGAUUUUUCGCACGAAUUUCAUUUGCAUUUUUUUAAAUAAUUUUGCUUGAGGAAUUUUUAGAAAAGAUACGGAUAACUGGUCAAUUUUCUGAAGAUAUUUCACGUCAUUUUUUUCCAAAAAAAGGGCUUACAGUGUAGCGUACUUUAAGGAAAAACUUUUUUGAGAUAUUUUUAUGGGGAUUUUAAUUCCUUGUGACUGAUUAAAAUUAGAAUAAAAAUUGAUCGCUUUUCGAUUUGUCAUCUUUGACCGAAUUUACCAAAAAAAAACCUCUUGAUAAAUAAUUAGCUUAGGCACAUCGAUUUGCAUAAUUUGAAUAAUAAAAGGAAUUUUUUGUUCAAUAUAUGGUAACUUUGUUACACAUUUUUGACAUCACUAUUACUAACGAAUUUCAGUAAAGUUAUUUAUUUUUUAAAUUAAUAAAAGUCCCAAAAUAUACACUGCCUUUUUUUUUAAACAUUCUAAUCCAUAUUUAUUUAUCGUUCAGACAAAUUUUGAUUUAAAAUAUUUGUUUUUUUAUUUUUAAAAAAUUCUGUCAAAGACGCUUAAAUAUCAUUUUAAACUAUUGUAGGUGUGACAAGUUAAUCAAUGUUAAAAAAAAAUACAAAAAAACUUUGCAAGAAACAAUCAGACUUUUUAAAAUAUAAUCUCACAUUUAUAUUGAGCACUGAUGUACUUAAUGUUUUUACGGCAAAUGGUACAGAAAUCACAAUUUUUUGCACUGUUUUCCUAAAAAUAAUCUUAAAUACAAAUUUUUUCAUCUACGCCUUUUUUGAAAGGACCUCAGACUUUCGUUAUGUAAAGUGGCGACCAGUCAAAUAUUCUGAAACAUUGAUAUGUUGUUUUAUUCAAUCUAGUAAUCAGAAGUGUCCAUGGGAUCCAACUCAAUCCUAUGACUAGUUUUUGAGAUAGGUGAGUUUAAAAAAAGUUGAAAAUUGCCAGUUUUUUGGAAUUUUUAUUUUCAAACUUAUGAGCUAGAUUGAAUUUCUGUUGCAUACACACGUUUAUUGUAUGUUUUAGUAAUAUAUUAGUACAUACGUACUAUUAAAAAUAUUUAUAAUUACUGGUGGUCCGCCCUGUAGAACAAAGAGGACAAUGGUGAACCCUGGGAGAGAGACUAUCUGAUGUAUAGUUAAGUUUCGUGAUAGAAUUUGGUUGAAUUUCACGGAGAUUAUGCGUCCUCCAGAAAUUCAUUUAUUUGAAAUAUUAGGUAUUGUGGGCAAUUGUUGAGGUAAAGUUUAUAAAGCAAGCCAACAUGCCAUGCGCUAUGGGAAGCUUUUUUGUUUGUUGCCGACUUAUAUCCUUUUAUGCCACAUUGAAUAUUAUUAUCCAAAUUGAUAUAUUGGAAUAAUUGCCUAAACAUUUUAUAUUAAUUUUUUCAAAAGUCUUUCUUAUUAAUAUGAUAGCUCUAUAGUUGCUGAUUUUUUUAUAAUCUGUAUUUGACUAUGCUAAUGUAAUUAUUAUUGUCUUUUUCCACUCUUUAGCAAAAUAUUGAUUUUUAGAUGUAGUAAAUAUAUUUUUAAAAUAUAGGUGUGUAUACAGGAGUACUUAAUUUUCUUAGUAUGUCCCUGUUGAUUCAAUCAUAACGGAAAAAUUUUUACCAGAAUGUAGGGUUUUGUAUCAGUACCUCUUAAAGGGAUGUUAAACUUAUUAUAUACUGAGAAAAUGGUUAGAUUUGACAUAGGAAAUUUUAAAAUAAAGGGGGUUUGUGGUUUUUGUACUUUUCUUAAAAUAAAAUGUCUUCCAAUAAAUAAAUCGCAUUGCAUAUUUUAAAGCUUAGAGUUUCACAUAUAUAAGUGGUAUUACCAUUUUCAAAAAUCAAUAGGUAAGUACGGGUUUUUUUUUAUAUUGUGAUUCUCUGUAUAAAACGCCCUGUAUAAGAAAAGAGUACUGUGCAAUAUUUUAUCGCCAAAAUACCAUAUUGAGCAAUACUUUUUGAAAAUAUGCUUCGCUUGCCUCACAGUGGAAUUAAUGAGAUUUUGCAAAAAAACUACCAUCAUACAUUUGUGAAUCACCCUGUAAUUAUAUAUUUUUGUUAUUAUACAUAUGCAAGAAUGUAUCACUAAUAGUAAAUGUGUGUAUUCAAAAUAAAUUCAAUUUAAGUAGCUCAUAAUUUUGAAAAUAAAAUAACAAAAACUGAGCAAUUUUCAACUUUAACAUCCCGUAUCUCAAAAACCAGUCAUAAUAUUGAGUCGGGUCCACUCAGACUUUUGGUUACUAGGUUGAGUACAACAACAUACAUACCGAAGUUUUAGAAAAUUUGAUAGCCACUUUAUGAUAGGAAAGUGUGGGAUCCUUUACAAAUAUUACUUAUUCGAAAUUAUUAAAAAAAAAAGUUGAUGUUUACACAAAUUUAAGCCCGCAGUAGUGCUGAUAAAAAUACUUGACGUAUGUCUCUUUUCCCACACAUCUGUCGGUUUAAAGUUAAUAUUUAAGUUUUGUGAAAAAUUGUCCACUUCGCGAAAGGUAAUUGGAUAAUGGUCGUAGAAAAAUUAUAUAUAAAUAUUUUUGUUGAUUUGACUGAUGAUUAUAAUGAAUUCACAUUCUUUAAAAAUCAGGCUCUGCUAUGAAAGAUGAAGAAGUUUGUAUUUUUGCUCAUCGUAGUCUAACAAUCGUGAUGUAAGUGAGACUACCAAAAGAUAUAAUGUUUGUACUUCGUAGUAAAAUUUUAUAAAAUGAAACGUCUCCAUAUCUAUCUCUCCCCUUUCUAUUUCUUCUGACUCUUUGUCUAUGCUUUGUUCGUUACUACUUAAGAUUAUUUAUUAAUACUGCUGUAUAUCUAUCUUUUUCUGUUAUGAUAUUUGUUUAUUUUAUUGUAUAACUUCACCAAAG